AUGGCCAAGGGCGAGCCGACGAGACUGUACGUGCGCGGGUUGAUUUUGGGUUACAAGCGCGCGCGCACGAACCAAUACAACCACACGUCGUUGAUCAAGCUGGAGGGCGUCAGCGAUGCUCCGUCUACCACGUUCUACGCGGGUAAGAAGCUGUGCUACGUGUACAAGGCGAAGACGAAGAAGCAGGGGACGGCGUUCCGAACGAUCUGGGGCAAGGUGACUCGGGCGCACGGGCCGAGCGGCGUCGUGCGGGCCAAGUUCAAGAAGCACUUGCCGUCCAACUCGAUCGGCGGUAAGGUGCGAUGCAUGCUUUACCCGUCCAACAUCUAA